AUGCGGUCGAGUGCCGAGGCAGGGCACGAGGCAGGACACGAGGCUGGACACGAGGCAAGACAAGGGAGUCGGUCGACACCCCUGUUGGCGGGCAGCAAGGUGCAGCAUCAAGCCGGCCGUGUUGCCGAGCCUGCAUGUGCGGCUCUCCGAUCAACGCCAAGCAUGUCGCGGCCUGACGUGCAUGCCUCGCACGACAUGACGCCGAUGGAGAUGGCCAAGACCCCGUGGGCACCUGAGGAGCGUGGCGGCGAGGCCAAUAGCGAUGCCUCCUUCAAGCCUCAAAGUAACUCGGUAACAGAGUGGUUGGUGCCGUCAGCGAUUGAUGCCGAUGAUGCAGAUGUUGCCGAGGAUGCAGAUGAUGCAGACGUUACCGACGAUGCCGACGAUGCCCAUGACGCCCAUGACGCCCAUGUUCGUGCGACCAACCCGCAUGAGCCAGCCAAGGGCGAGGGCGAGCAGCCGGAGAUGAUCGCUAGCCUCCACCCCCCCCAGAACUGCCUCGAGGACAUGGGCGCCAUGAGGGUCGCCGUCAUCGGAGGUGGCCCAGCGGGCUGCAUGCUCGCGAGGCUGCUGCACGCCGGCGGCAUCGACGUCACCGUCUUCGAAGGAGACGCGGCGCCCGACUUUCGAGGUCAGGGCGGCACGCUGGACCUCCAUACGAAAACCGGGCUCGCGGCCCUGCGGGAGGCCGGCUUGUUCGACGAGUUUGAGAAGCACGCGCGGUACGAUGGCCAGUACAUCGCCAUCGUCGACAAGGACCUCAAGUACCAUUUCGUCCGCAACGCCGACGACAGGACGCUCGGGGAGCGGCCCGAGAUUGAUCGGGCGAGGCUGAGGGAGCUGCUGAUCAAGUCCCUGCCCGAGGGCAUGAUCCAUUGGGGCCACCGGCUGCGCAGCGUCGACGACAAGACGCUCGUCUUUCAGACGACCAAAGUCUCGGGCUUCGAUCUCGUCGUCGGCGCCGACGGCGCUUGGAGCAAAGUCCGACAGGCCAUCGCGCCGGACCUCAAGCCCGAGUACGUCGGCGUCGCCAUGACGGAGCUGAGCAUCCCCGACGCCAAGGAGACGGCGCCCGAGAUGUACAAGAUCGUCAACCGCGGCAGCGUCUUCGUCAGCAACGACGGCCAGCGCGUCUCGUUCCAGCAGAUGGGCGACGACAGCAUCAACAUCUACACGAGCUGCGUUCGCGACGACGUCGAGUGGAUGAAGGCGGAAAAGUGCGGCUACGACACGGACAGCCUCGAGCAGACCAAGAAGCACUUUGACGAGGUCGAGUUCAAGGACUGGUGUCCGCAGCUCAAGGACGCCCUCGGCAGGACGCAGGGUCGCUGCAUCCCCCGCUCGCUGCACAUGCUGCCGAUAGGAGCCAGGUGGAAGCACAAGCCCGGCUUCACCAUGAUCGGCGACGCCGCUCAUCUCAUGACUCCCCACGCCGCCGAGGGCGUCAACCAAGCGCUCGAGGACGCCAUGCACCUCGCUCGCACCAUCAUCGACGCGGACAAGAACGGCAAGGAUCUGGACGACGAGGUCGCACGCUUCGAGGAGGAAAUGCGCGCCCGCGUGGAGCCGGUUCAGCAGCUCGCCUACGACCUGUGUCAGUACUGGCUGUUUACGCCCGGAGCGCCGAGAUCGGUCAUGCCCAUCGUCGUCAGUCGGCACGUCAAGCCGAUGCUACCCUUUAUCCUUCAACCCUUCUUCGUCGCCGGCGUGUACGCCUACUAUUUCCUGAAGAACCUGUGGGGGUAG